GGUUAUUUUCGAGAAAAAACAAAUUUUAAUUCUCUCAAAGCCAUAAUUCGAAAUCAUUUGGAAAAUGGGUGUUAACUUGGGCAUUUUUCGAUAAAAUUGUCGACGGUAUUACAACUCUGUAGACUACUAUUGAGACCGACAGUAAACAAAAUGAUAACGUAACAUCAUCCAAAUUCAAAACUACGGUGGAGACAUGACGAAGUCUGAUUUUGUGCUGGGCGGCGUGGCUGCAAUGGGGGCGGUGAUGUUCACCAACCCCAUCGAUGUGGUCAAGACACGGAUGCAGCUGCAGGGAGAGCUGGCGUCCCGGGGAACCUAUGUGAAGCCCUACAAGAAUCUGCCCCAGGCCAUGGUGCAGAUAGUCCGCAACGACGGACUGCUGGCUUUGGAGAAGGGUCUGGCUCCAGCGUUGUGCUACCAGUUCGUCCUCAACUCUGUCAGAUUAAGCGUUUACUCGAACGCAUUGGAGCUGGGAUAUUUAAAGAACUCGGAUGGCUCAAUAUCCUUUUAUAAGGGCAUGUUGUUCGGUGCCAUGGGCGGCUGUACCGGCACCUUUCUCGCCAGUCCCUUCUAUAUGAUAAAGGCACAACAGCACGCCCAGGCAGUUCAGUCAAUAGCCGUGGGCUUCCAGCACAAACACACCUCGAUGGUGGAUGCCUUCCUGCACAUUUACAGGACCAAUGGCAUUUCGGGAUUCUGGCGAGGAGCUGUUCCGAGCAUGAACCGAGCGCUGGUCGCCUCCAGUGUCCAGAUCGGCAGCUUCCCCAAGGCAAAGUCUUUGCUAAAGGAUAACGGAUGGGUCACACAUCCGGUCCUGCUUUCCUUUUGCGCCGGACUGACCUCGGGAAGUAUGGUCUCCCUGGCCAACUCACCUUUCGACGUGGUCACCACUCGGAUGUACAAUCAACCAGUGGAUGAGAAGGGACGAGGCCUGGUUUACAGCGGUUUGGUGGACUGCUUCACCAAGAUCCUUAAGACGGAGGGUCUCCAUGGGAUGUACAAGGGCUUUUGGCCCAUCUACCUCCGAAGUGCCCCCCACACCACCUUGAUAUUUGUUUUCUUUGAUAAGUUGCUUUACUUGCGCGACCAUUAUGUUUUCCCCCAGCACAGAAAUUGAAAUUUUUUUCUGUAGAUUUUUCAGUGAUACACGAAAUGUUUGGCAGUGCAUUUGAUUGUAUAUUUUAAUAAUAAAGCGGCGAUUAAUAACUAUAA